CCGUUCUGUCCACAGGACGCCUUUUUUCCUCCAUCCUGGUUUCCCCGAGGACUCGCAUGGGAGGGUGCAGGAGGUGACCCCAGAAAAGCUGCUGGAGAGUGGGAGGAGAGGCCUGGGCCUGGCGCGUCUCCUCCACCUUCCUCCGCCCCGCAUGCUUGGCCCCUGGCUGGAGCCCUUCGGUUGGGUGGCUCCUGGGACGGGGCCAGGGUGUGGCGGGGCUGCCGGACACUUUCCCUGGAGGGGGCGAGGCAGAUCUAGGGGUUGACGUGGGGUGGGGGAAGCGGUGGUCCUGGGGACCCGGAGGUAGCUGGAACCUGAGAUACGCUCAGGGCAGGGCCCGGGCCUUCAAGGGAAGGUCUGGCUGGAAUCCGGGGCUGGGCUUCCUUUGUGGGAAUCAGUCUAACGCUCCUUUGUGCGUCUGCGGAUUUGUCCAACUCCUGUCCUUUGUAACCCCAAGGAGGCCAGGUAGGUGAAAGAGUGAAACUGCUCUGAAAAGUAAGUGGAGUACGAAUGGGAGGUGUUAUUCGAAUUGUUAAUAAUAUUGGAUUUAAACUGUUUAAACUGUGAUGCUUAGCGAGGAUGUCCAUUAGAAUUGCUUAUGCAGUCAGUAUUUUAGAGCCAGGCAAGCUGAUUCUAAAGUGCAGGUGAAGAAGUCACCUAGCAAAAAUGGCCUUGACAAUUCUGAAAGAAAAAGCCCAUGAGGGGAUCAUGAAACAGCCCCAUUAGCUUUAAGUUCCAUAUUGAAAUUGUGGUAAUGAUGCAUAACCCAUGAGCUAUGCCAACGGGCAGAAUAUGAAGUCUAGAAUAGGCCUGCAUUCCUAGGGGCUAUUUGCUCAGGAGAGAAUUUUAAAUCAGUGAGGAAAAGAGGAUGUAUUUUCUACAAAUGCAACGGAUCCUUCAGAAGUCAAACAUCUGAAUGAAAGCAACAGAGCUGGGAUCCGUGUCUCCCAACGGCCAAGGUUGGGCUUCCAACUCCCAAAUUCCAGGCAGGAUGGCCCAAAACAUGGUGACGGUGAAUGGUGUUGCUGUGUCCUCUACACCAUACCAGCCCACCUACGUCAAUAUCCACAUCCACCAGGAAUCAGCUUUGACACAACUGCUGAAAGCGGGAGGUUCUCUGAAGCAGUUUCUUUUUCGUCCUGGCAACACUGCACCUUCCAGAGCUGGGAUAAGUUACAAGCAGCUGGCUCUAGGGGUAACUCAGAUAUUGCUGGGGCUGGUGAGCUGUGUCCUUGGAGUGUGCUUCUGCUUGGGGCCCUGGACUGUGCUUCGUGCCUCAGGCUGUGCCUUCUGGGCGGGGUCUGCGGCGAUUGCAGCAGGAGCUGGGGCCAUUGUCCAUGAGAAGCGCCGGGGCAGACUUGCUGGCUACGUAUCCAGCCUGCUCACUCUGGCAGGCUUUGCUACAGCGGUGGCUGCUGUUGUUCUCUGCGUGAACAGCUUCUUCUGGCAAACUGAUGACCUUUCCUACAUUGACACUGUGUGUGAUUCCCCGGACCCUGCCAUCCCUACCACUAAGUACGGAUGGAUGCGGCAAGCAAGACAGAAUAUCAGUUGGCAGCAGACAGAUUGUCGAGAUCACAUGCGGUUGCUGAGGAGGUUGUUCACAGCAAUCUGUGCCCUGUUCCUGGCCGUCUGUAUCUUGGAGGUCAUUGUGUCCUUGGCUUCCCUGGGAGUGGGUCUUCGAAACUUGUGUGGUUGGAGGAGCUCCCCACCCCUGGAUGAGGGAGGAUCAGAGAAGAAGCUAUUGGGGGAGAAUUCAGUGCCCCCCUCUCCCUCUAGGGAGCAGCUGCCCCCUGCCGUGGUCCUGUGAGCCACCAAAGACCCCACUGGGUGCCUGCAUGUCCCUGUCUGGGCCAGCCCAGGGCCACGCUGCCUGGUUCCUCACAUUGCCUCCUCUGUGGCCACUGUCCAGCCCCCGCUUUCUUCUCCCCACAGCAUUGGCACCUGCUGUUCCCACUCUGGGGUUCUCAAGUCCAUUAACAGAUAUUGUCGCAUUUUACCCAACGCUGAUUAAACAUAAACAAUCCAGAAAAGCAA